AUGUCUCAUGUGGAUGAAGCAGCCCACCAGCUGUCCAAAAGUGGGAUCACCCUCUAUGCAGUGCUGGAGCUUAAGAAGGGUACCUCACCUGAAGACAUCAAAAAGGCCUACAGGUUCAGUCCUCUCUCCCCGCACCCCUUUUGGUAUUGCCUGGAUAGGAGACUGGCUUUAAAGUAUCAUCCAGACAAGAAUCCAGGGGACGUUCAAUCAGCAGAAAUAUUUAAAGAGAUCAACACAGCUCACUCCAUACUGAGUGACCCUAAGAAGCGGAAAAUCUAUGACUGUCAUGGCUCACUGGGAGUAUAUAUACAUGAUCACUUUGAUGAAGAAGGUGUCAGAUACUAUUUUAUGAUGAAUAGUUGCUGGUUCAAGGCACUGGUGCUCCUGUGUACGCUGCUCACCUGCUGCUGCUGCUGCUUCUGUUGCUGCCUGUGCUGUGGGGUCCUCAGGCCACCCCUCGAGGAGGCUGCAGGCAGGGUGUGCCUGCAGCACACCGGGCGACAGCCUUCAAGGGCAGGACUACAGCUGCCAGCACAGCACCCACUGUAA